CCGUCGUCUGUGAGCGGCGUUUCUCGUCUCACAGCUAAGUAUUGUUAUUCGUUCUAGACUUGUUUGUCUGUUGUCAGUUGUUUGUUGAUACAACAAGCUGCGGAUAGCGGAGGCCGGUAACGUUCACUCUCCAGGCCUAAAUCGCUGUUAAGUGUUAACUGUUCGAGUCGAGUCGUACUUGCCAAGUGUGAGUCAGCUUUUCGACAUUUAUCAAGGAUUUAAGCUUGGAUUUUCAACGUUUCCGCUCCUGUUAAAUUGUUCUGUCGAAAUGCCGAAGAAACGGGGCAACAACUGGACGAACAGGGAGAAGCCGGACGUCGCCCGGGCCAGGUGGCAGCGGAGGUUGGACCACAUUCUAGGUGUGAGGAGGCCCAUUCGGCGGAGGAGGGUCGCGCCGUCCCCGGUCGUCGCCCCGGCUCCCGCCAUCGACCUCCACCGCCGCCACAGGAGGAGCGCCCGCCUCCGCCCUAACUACUUGACUCAGCUGUUCCGCGUCGAGGCCUCCAUGGGUGGGAGGGUGCCUAUGGUGAAGCUGACGAGGCUUUCGCCCGAGGUGCUGGCACGCUUCGUCGAGGAAGGAGCCGGACCAGUGCCAACGGUCGAUGAGGUCGAACUGCCGGAUCCAAGGAUGAAAGCUUUCAUGCGAAGCCUUUCGCUCUCUCCCAGGUCUUCGGCAUCCCCUCACAACGAAAGGACCGGCUCGAGGGCGGACGCCUCCGGGUCGAGUUCACCUUCGCCGGAUGAUUCGCCAGUUGUGCUCGACCCGGUCGAGCCCCAGGAGUCGGCUCCUCAGGAAGGGUCUUCAGUCGGAGUCGCAGACGCGCCCCGUGAGGGUGCAGACAUUGUCAGAGUAUCAGCCGCUCGACUUCACGGACGCAGCCUCGCCGAUUCUUUGAAGAUGAUAGAGAGCUUUACGAGUGAAUACGACCGCUUGAUCGAGGCGCAAAUCCAUUCUCAUAGUAACGGAGGUUCUGGUCAGUCAAGCGACUCUGCGGGUGAUCUGGCAAACUUGAAUAACUUGCAAAGGUUGUUGACAAUGCCUUCAACACAAAAUGAGUCGAUAUCGGAACCUGACUCAUGCGAUGAUACAAUGGACCAUUCAAUACCUUCAACAUCAAAUGCCGAGUACAAUACACUCCACGUAUUGCAAAAUAAAGUACACUGUAUGAGUGGGAAAACAUUGAAAGACGAGGAUGAUUCCCCUGUAGAAACUGUAAAAACCCCUUUGACCACGGAUGCUACUGAGAACGAUGAAACUGUGGUAAAUGAGGAAACUCCCCCACAGCCAACUCAUAAAAAGGCUAUUGAUAGACUUGACAACAUUUAUGGGUUAUUGAACCUUUUUGUGACGGAACUCGUCGGAAUGGGCAGACCUCCUCCUCCAAUAAACGUUGAAAUAAAUCGUUUAAUUUCUUUUGACCGAGGCUUGUCCAAUUCGACAUCUAUAGAAUUUUAUGAAGACAUCGUGUUCACCAACAGCACUUUUUUUAGAACUUGUGAACGAAACCCCUACAAUUUCACCAGGGAAAUUAUGGACAUCAUUAAAUUAGGUAACCCGAAUGCCGAAUAUAAGCAUUUGCUUGCUGCUCUUUUUUUUGCAUGCACUACUGAUUCAACGUGGGAAGACUGCGUUCAAUUGUUUCAUUUUACAACUCUAGCAGAAUGCAUACUGGCCUUCCACAACAUGACACUUGAUAUAUGCAUCAUUGCGCAUCAUGCAAAAUUAGCCAUCCCAUCAUUGGAAGAAACAGAUACCCUCGCUGAAGCAUUUUAUAUUAGACACGGAGUAAAGAAUGUAAUGGGAGUAAUUGGUGAUAUGAAAAUCCAGUGUACCACUGGAACAAAUAUAAUUAUUCAACUCUUCUGUGAUAGUGAUUUUAUCGUUCGAGACGUUUUUUGUUGUUCAGAAGAUUUGAGGCCUAAAAAAGUAUUUUUAAAAAGUCCUCUCUAUACCACCUUGUAUGAUAGGCCUAAAUCCGAAAAUUUGAUACUUGCGGGACGUUACCUUAAGGGUUUACCAUUUCUGAAGACUGUCACCUACUUAAACCCAGAAGGAAAUGAGGAACUCAUUCAAGUGCUUCAACAGAUGCAAUGCACAUUUAAUAAAAUUGAUGAACGGUUUCCUCGACUCGGUAAUAUGCCGUAUCCCAGUUUCGGUCAUAUUGUGGCCAUGCUCGUGCUCUAUAAUAUAACUGAAACAGGCAAGCACAAUGUUUAGCUGGUUAAUUAAGACUGUGUAGUUUUAAAUUUAAAUGUUUAAUUAUAGUUAUAAAAAGCAAAGCUGUGCAUAAAAAACUAGAUUAAAAAAACUUGAUCUCGUGUUAUCAAAGAUAUUGCAUUUAUAUACAAUUGUUUUUAUUUCAUAUUUUAUAUUUUGUACUUGUACCUUUUCAAAGUAAAUGAAAUAUUUUUUAUAUUGUAAAAAUUUGUAUGUCGUUAUUAUAUAAGUCAACUGCGUGUUAAUAAUUCAUAAUUAUAAACAUGUUAAUUAUUAAAGUUACUAUUUUUAUUGCCAAGCAUUGUUCCAUGUAGUGAUAAUUGAAAAUUUAUCAUAUUUUUAGUCCUUAAGGGCUGACAAAAUUUAUAUCCUUUAAUAACUGAAUAUAUUUAAGAAUAGUCAAAAAUAUUUUAUUGUAAUUUUAUACCAGUAUUUCAGUUAUUGUUACCAUUUAAUGUUGUGUUUUUCAGUUCAACUAGUUAAUAUUUUAUGUAUAUUUACUAUUAAAAAUGUUGUUUUCAUUU